CGACGCCAUUACAGAUGCAAAGAAUCUGGGUGCCUGGGGAAUUCGACUCCGUAGCUGUGAUGCUGGACCGAGCGAGCCAAUGGCAUGUACGUGCGAAAUCGUCGCAGCAUUGUAUGUGGGUUGACAAUGCCGCCCUUGUGAAACGGCCGUACAAAGGCAGAGGUAGGUAUAUAUCACUGCUUCGUGCGCUGUUGUUGUUGUGCUGCACAUCCGCAUCGCGCUCUUCCUCAAGCUCACCACAGGUGACUGCGAAUCUCUGCACUCCAGCCUCACCUUGACCUCACCGAAACAGUCUCGCACAAGGUCCGUAGAGCAAGACAUCAGCAUGGCAAUCGAUCCUUACGCCGGUUGUAACCUCGACAUCCCUUCUGACCUCUGCACACUGGAGACCUGCUGUCUUGCACAAAGCAACUUCCUCUAUCUGCCCAACUAUGGUGCCAAUCUAUUCUUCACGAUCUUCUUCGCGGUGUUCAUCGUCCCACAGCUCGGACUCGGCAUCUUCUACAAGACAUGGGGCUUCAUGGCGGGCAUGGGCAUCGGUCUGGUUCUGGAGGUGGUAGGCUACGGCGCUCGAAUCAUGAUCCAUAACAACCCUUUCAACGGCGAUGGGUUUUUGAUAUACCUGAUCACACUCACCAUUGCACCCGUCUUCAUCUCCGCCGCCAUCUAUCUCUGCCUGACACGAACAGUCGUGUUGUAUGGACAGUCCAACUCCAGGCUAUCACCACGAACAAUUGCCAUCGGCUUCAUGACGUCCGACUUCCUCUCCCUCCUUCUCCAGGCUAUCGGCGGUGCGAUCGCAGACACAGCAGACAACCACCAAGACUCCAAGAAAGGUAUCGAUAUCAUGAUUGCCGGUCUCUUCCUUCAAGCUCUAAGCCUGGCAGCCUUCCUCGUCGUGGUAGCGGACUUUGCCCUCUGCUGCCGACGAGGCACACUGGAUGAGAAUCCGGCGAAGAAGCAAGCUCGUGGCCGCAUGCUGUUCAAAGUUUUCCUGGCAAGCCUAAUGCUUGCAACUGUUGUGGUUCUCAUUCGAUCGAUUUUCCGCGUUGCUGAGCUUUGGGGGGGCUUUAACGGCAGCCUCUGGAACGACGAAACCGAUUUCUUGGUGUUGGAUGGCGCUAUGCUUGCGAUUGCUACGAUUUGUUUGACUGCAUUUCAUCCUGGCCUGGCCUUUGGUGAUCAGUGGCACGCUGCGAACUGGUCCUUCAAGUCCAAGAAGACUGUCUCUGAAGUGGCAUACAAGGAGGACCGCGAAUUAUCUUCGUUGUGAUGUACCUUGACACGCGAGUCUUUACAGUCGGGACCAGACAUUGAGAGGGCACGGAUCAUCGGACUUAGCGAGGCGUUAUGGGGUUGUUGAUAGAGGUCUUACAGAUUUAGUGUACGGGGAUAACCAUGGGAAGCACAGCAUACACGAUUUCAGUGCCUCUUUUAUUUCACCGGCGUGAAUACCGAAGCAUGUUUGAUAAAUCUGUACCGCGAACCUGGGAUGCGCGUG